AUGUUUACAAAUACUCUCGGAGCAUAAAAUGGAUUGCCUUAACAAUAAUAAUAAGGUUUGGCAGGACAGAGUGCUUUAGUUUUUGGUAAUACAGGUGUUUCCAACAAUAUUUUUGGGCAAAUACAACAAAUUACUACCCCAAUAGGAUAAGCCUAAAAUUAAGGAGUAUUUGGAUAAUAACCAAAUUAACUCAGUUAACCUCAAUUAUAUGGAGGAUAACCAUAAUAAACAACAAAUUUAUUAUAAUAACCUUAAGGAUAGUAAAUGGGCACUUUAGGUCAAUAGACCGCAUAAAUAGGUUAAGUAUAAUAAACAGGAUUUUUUGGAUAGUAACCAACAUUACAAGGAGGAUAGAUAGGAUAAAUGUAAUAACAACAAUAAAUUUAGUCAUAAUAACCAUAAUAACAAUAAUAAUAAUAAUAAUAAUAAUAAUAACAAUAAUAGACUAAAACUUAUACAAUUUAACAAAUUAAAAAUGAAACCUAAAAACACAUUGAUAAUCUAUCAAAAACUAUCAUUAAUAAAGAGAAAAUUGAAAAAAAUUAAAAAAAUUUAUAGUUAAUUGAAAAAAAUUCUCUACGAAAUAUAUAAUAAUAAUAACAAUAAUAACCUCAAGUAAAUCCAUCUAUUGGAUAUGGUUUAACAUAAUAAUAAUAAAUACAAAGACCAAUCCAAAAAGUUGAUCCUAGAAAUCAUACUGCAAAAGUAGAAAAAUAUUAUGGAGAAUGGAAUAAGGGAAUUUCAAGGAUUGCAUAAAAAUAAGGAGAAACUAUUAAUUAAUUAAAUGAGUUAAAUUCUCUAUUAUCCCAAUAAGAUACAUAUUAUGGUAUAUUAAUAUUAUUAUGAAAUUAGAAAUAGAUGAAGAGUCAUUGAUAGAUUCAAUAAAAUAAUUGGGAAAAGAACUUAAUUUAUUAGAAUACAAGAUUGUAGAUGUUGUAAAAUUGUAAGAGAAAAUUUUGGGAUUAGAAAAGGAAGAAUCUGAAUGGGAUCAAAUUGUUAAUAAUUUAAGUGAAUGUUUGACUCUUUUAGAAAUUUAAACUGUAAUAUAAUAAUCAUUAUAUUAUUUAGAAAGAAGUUGAGGAUCAAUUGCAUUAAGCAGAAACUCAUCCAAAAGUAUUAAACAAAUGA